GUACGUGACUCUAGUCCAGACGACGUUGUUUCAACACCACGAUUUUGCUGUCAAAAAGAAGAUUUUCGUUUAUUUUUGUGUUUAUACACUAGGACACGUAUAAAAAAUUACUGAAUUUGUAUGUCUCGCUAAAUUAGAAACUAAACGUUUCUUUUUAACAUGAUUAAACUAUUUUCCUUGAAACAAGCAAAAAAGGAUGGGGAAUCUCCAAGAGGUGGAACACAGAAGAAAGCUUCAGCAGCCCAGCUGAGAAUAAUGAAAGAUGUAAAUGAACUUAAUUUACCAAAAACAUGCCAAUUAGAUCAUCCUGAUCCGGAUGACCUGCUUAGUUUUAAAAUAACUAUUUGUCCCGAUGAGGGUUUUUAUCGAGGUGGAAAAUUUGUUUUUAGUUUUAAAGUUGGGCCUAAUUAUCCACAUGAACCUCCGAAAGUUAAAUGCGAGACACAGGUCUAUCACCCGAACAUUGACCUUGAGGGGAAUGUGUGCCUGAAUAUUUUAAGAGAAGACUGGAAACCAGUUCUUACUAUCAACACGAUUGUUUAUGGACUACAGUAUCUUUUCCUAGAACCAAAUCCAGAGGAUCCGUUAAACAAAGACGCGGCCGAGGUUUUGCAAAACAAUCGUCGAGUAUUCGAGCAAAAUGUAGCAAAAGCCAUGAAAGGUGGUUAUAUAGGUCAAUAUUAUUUCGAACGAUGUUUAAAGUGAUACAUCGCUCGUUUCAUGGGGUGUGUAAAUGCACACGGAAAAUCACAAUCGCAAGUGGAGGUCUUAAAAAAAAAGAUAAAAAAAUAUUUCGAGUACGAGUAAUGGAGCACUUGGUGUAGGACGUUUGCCGUAUACCUUACAUUUUGCUUUUUAUAUACUCGCUAGUUUUCGAAUUUCGCCGAGACCUUCGAUCUCUCUUAAAACCAUCGAAUAUUUUACGCUUCUUUGGUCUAUAAAUCUAAUCUAAAAGUAAAAAAAAAGAAACAACCGAAAUAACACGAUUCAUUCUAUUUGGCUAAGAAAACGGAAAACAUUUUACUUGUACAUAAAUCGAUUAAAAAUAUGUUUCAAGUACACAAGACGGAAGUGAAAAUGAAAAACUUUAAUCUCUUAAACAAAAAUUUGUGUUAAUUUUCAUUCUAUUAGCUGCUAUUCACCAUUUUUCUAUAUAUUUAAAAAAGAAAAAAAAAGAAAACACGUCUGUUGGGGCACCUAUUGAUAAUUGUACAAAGUCUGGAUUCUAGAUUCUUCAAAAACAAUUUUUUAUUAACUUUUAUUUCAAAUUCUUACUUUUUAUUUUUAACUUAAAAUUUUUUAAACCAAUUGUAUUCUUAUGUGUAGAUUUUUUCGAUUCUGUAAAAGUUUCAGAUUAAUAAAUGUUCUUCACAAGAAAACCGUAAAACUGACGUUUAACGUCAAUUCACAUAAAUUGUCAUAGCCAAUGGUGGAUUUGCAUAGUUAAAAAGAAGGAAAACACUGUUUUUGGAGUAUUACAGUAAAUCAUUGACAAUUUACGGAUUUUAAACAGAAAAAAAUUUUUCAAUAGCUAUGCAAAUCCUCCAAUGAGGAAGUACAAAUUAUAAUAUUAAACAAAAACUCAUCACUGCAUUUAUUUAUAAAAUUUUCUUUGGACCAUGACUGACUAAUUACUUUUAAGAAUAUCAUUAAUCGUAUUCUUCAUUUAGCAAAAUAAUUCACGACUAUCUGUCAUGAUUCAAAGAACAAAUAUACCACUAAUCUGUAAUAAUUUUUUUAGCAAUGUAAGAAUAUAAUAAAUACAGUCAAAAAUAA